AGUCCAUAUAAAAGCCACAGGUCCAUCAGCUGAGGCGCGCAGCUACGUCAAGACCAGAGGAAGCACGAGGACGCACAUACGCACGCAGAGAGACAAGACACAAGUUUGAAGUUUUGAACAUUUUUAGUUCCUGAAAAACGCUAACUUACAACUGGAGAGGCCUGUUACUGUCACUGUCGUCACGUGCCACUACUCCUCUGCUCCAAAGCAAGACUUCACACUAGCUGACGAAUAAUGAACUUUGGAUAACAUGUGACAGGCACCAAUGCUGACAUGUAAAAAACCAUGCUAAUAGGUGCCCACACACAAUGGCAGAUAACCUGGGAUAAACCACAAGAGAACUUCAGAAUAACAUCUAAGACUGACAUAUUUGUAUAUAUAACAGUUCUAAAAUUAUUUGAACAAUGGCAUCUGAGAGCUUGACCUCAAAUGGCAGCCCUCCGUCAGUUAAGUCCGAGGGUUCAGACGAGUCAAUGAAGCUGAAGAAGGAGAUUUCCCUGUUAAAUGGCGUGUGUCUCAUCGUGGGGAACAUGAUUGGCUCAGGCAUUUUCGUCUCUCCAAAAGGGGUCCUGAUCCACAGUGCUUCCUAUGGCCUCUCUCUGGUGGUAUGGACUAUCGGGGGGAUCUUCUCUGUAUUUGGGGCUUUGUGCUACGCAGAGUUGGGGACCACCAUUACCAAAUCCGGUGCUUCCUAUGCCUAUAUACUCGAGGCUUUUGGGGGUUUCCUGGCCUUCAUCCGAUUGUGGACUUCACUGUUGAUCAUUGAACCGACCAGUCAAGCUGUCAUUGCCAUCACCUUCUCAAACUACAUGGUCCAGCCGAUCUUCCCCACCUGUAUAGCCCCUUACCUCGCAAACCGACUCCUGGCUGCAGCUUGUAUCUGCUUGCUGACCUUUGUCAACUGUGCCUAUGUGAAAUGGGGCACUAGAGUUCAAGACUUCUUCACAUACGCCAAAGUUAUCGCUCUGAUCGCUGUCAUCAUCACAGGCCUGGUCAUGAUCGGACAAGGUCACACACAGAACUUCGAGGGGCUCUUUGAUGGCUCAUCCCAGGACCCCGGGGGAAUUGCUCUGGCUUUGUACUCUGCUCUCUUCUCUUACUCUGGAUGGGACACACUUAACUUUGUCACAGAGGAAAUCAAGAACCCAGAGAGGAAUCUACCUCUGGCCAUUGCUAUUUCCAUGCCCAUAGUGACUGUGAUCUACAUCUUGACCAAUGUGGCUUACUAUACUGUACUCCCCAUGAACGCCAUCUUGGACAGUGAUGCAGUAGCGGUGACAUUUGCAGAUAAAGUGUUUGGCAUCAUGAACUGGACUAUUCCUUUAGCUGUGGCUCUGUCCUGCUUUGGUGGACUCAACGCUUCAAUUUUGGCAUCUUCCAGACUGUUUUUUGUGGGCUCAAGAGAAGGUCAUCUACCAGACUAUUUGUGUAUGAUCCAUGUUCAUCGGUAUACUCCAAUUCCUGCUCUGCUUUUUAAUGGAGUCAUGGCUCUGAUAUACCUGUGUGUGGAAGAUGUCUUUAGGCUCAUUAACUACUACAGCUUCAGCUACUGGUUCUUUGUGGGACUCUCCAUUUUGGGGCAGCUGUAUCUGCGCUGGAAGCAACCGGACCGAAAAAGACCAUUAAAGCUCAGUCUGGUCUAUCCCAUUAUUUUCUGCCUCCUGACCAUCUUCCUGGUUGUGGUGCCACUUUACAGUGACACAAUCAACUCUCUCAUUGGUAUUGCCAUUGCUCUGUCAGGGGUCCCUGUUUAUUUCCUCUGCUGCUACACUCCAGCCCACAAGAGGCCACUAUGGAUUAGAAAAUUUAUAGCUAAAUUUGGCAUCCUCAUUCAGAAGGUGUGCUUUUCUGUUUUGACUGAAAUGGACAAAGAGGAAUAGGACACACAAGGACUGAACGCACAUUAAAGACUUUCUCUUCUCACCUGGCCAUAAAUGACGCUGAGUGCAUUGCCAGCUGGACUUAUAAAGACAUAUGAUUUUGUCACAGUGCGUACAUAUUAGUAGAAAUUAUUUAAUUGACAACAAACAUGUAGUAUUUUAUGUAAUUAAAUUUAGAAAUGUGUUCAUUUUACCUGAAGAAACACAACAAUGGACAACCUCAUGUACUAAUGGCACUGCAAUUUUCAAAUAUGAACAAAGGGCUAUUUUUUAUUACUCAAUAACUUUUCACACAAGAAUUGUUGUGAAUAUUACAUAACUUUUCUGCUGAAAAAUAUUUAUAAUAAAUUACUCUAACAGUGUA